AUGAGUGAUGCAAAUGAUACGUCGGGCAACUUGAGUCCAGGUUUUGAAAACCUAAAUAUCCGAACGCCUAAGGCGGUCAAUACUGAGAGCACUCAGUCGCCACAGAGGGUAUCACAUUCACAGAUAAAUGGUGAUAUUCAGGCCAGGAUAUUGGCGUUCCAACAAAAGAGAACAAAGCCAGUGAAUGGCGGUCAUGGUGCGUUGAAUCCAAUUUCAAAAUCUACGAGCCAUUUGAGUGAAGCGCCAGACAAACCAUUACCACCAUUACCACCUUUACCCACAUUGCCAACUAUGCUGUUACAACAAAGAUCUUACUCUCUGGGAGAUACUAGCGAUCCAGGCUUGAUUCCUUCUCCGAUGGAAACAGAAAAUAUUCAGAAUACGAACCAUAGUGUAAACCGAAGUAUGGGCCAAUCUAUGAGUCAAGUUAUGGGUCAAGGCAUUUCUAGAACGUCGAGUUUAAAGAAACAAGAACCACAACAGCUACCAUUUGAGUUACUGAAGAAGCCGUCUUUAUCCCAAAGAAGAGGAAUGAAGCUUAAUUUAAGUGAAAUGAGUAGUCCCACUAGUGCUAGCUCUCCGGAUGACACGAGCCCUAUAGGUGAUGGUAAAGAGAGCCUGGUGUUUCUGAACGCACCAAAGGGAAGUGUCCUUGAUAACAAUGCCAUGAACACUACUGGCGACUUAACAAGAAGAGUAUCAGAAAGAAAAAAUAAACCUAACUUCAAAUUGAAUUUGGCUAAUACAGGAGGUCCUGGAGUUAGUGGCAUGAAUCCACAAUCCACUUCAAAUUCAAAUUCAAAUUCGACUAUCUCAUCAUUGAAUUCUUCUGGAUCAUCGUCUACCAUGGCCACUAACAAUGAAACAAAUCAAUCCAAGAAGCCUCAGUUGCAAGGAUUAUUUGCAAAUUAUUCGAAAUACGUUGAUAUAAAAUCUGGCUCGUUAAAUUUUGCUGGUAAGGCCUCGUUACAUUCAAAGGGGAUUGAUUUCCUGUCAGGAUUGCUGUUCCGGAUCUCGUUAGAGGAAUUGGAAUUCUUAGAAGAACUAGGACAUGGUAAUUAUGGUGUUGUUCUGAAGGUUUUGCAUAAGCCAACGGGUGUACUAAUGGCCAUGAAAGAAGUUAGAUUAGAAUUGGAUGAAACAAAAUUCACUCAAAUCUUAAUGGAAUUGGAAAUCUUACAUAAAUGUGACUCGCCAUAUAUUGUUGAUUUCUAUGGAGCUUUCUUUGUUGAAGGAGCUGUUUAUAUGUGUAUGGAGUAUAUGGAUGGAGGUUCGUUGGAUAAGAUAUAUGGAAAGGAUGAUGGUGUCAAUGAUGAAGCAUGUCUUGCAUAUAUAACCGAAUGCGUUAUCAGAGGAUUGAAGGAAUUGAAGGAUGAGCAUAAUAUUAUUCACAGAGACGUGAAACCUACGAACAUUUUGGUCAAUUCUCUAGGAAAAGUAAAGUUAUGUGAUUUUGGAGUUAGUGGUAAUUUAGUUGCGUCGUUAGCGAAAACUAAUAUUGGUUGUCAGUCCUAUAUGGCCCCGGAAAGAAUUAAGUCGUUAAGUCCAACCGACAAUACCUAUUCUGUUCAGUCCGAUAUUUGGUCUUUAGGAUUAAGUAUUUUGGAAAUCGCAGCAGGUCAUUAUCCUUAUCCAUCUGAAACUUAUGGUAACAUAUUUUCCCAAUUAAGUGCCAUCGUUGACGGUGACCCUCCAAGAUUGGAUCCUAAAGCAUUCUCUAAAGACGCUCAAUUGUUUAUCAAGAGUUGUUUAAAUAAAAACCCCGAUUUGAGACCUUCAUAUGCUACGUUGUUAAAGCAUCCGUGGUUGGUGAAUCAUAGAGAUAUUGAUCCUCAUAUGGAUAAAUUUGUAACAAAGAAGUUGGAAGAACUCGAAGAGCAAAAGAACAAAAAGAACUUAAGCAGAUCCAAUAGUGUUAAUUCCUCAACUACCACUGCCAAACCUCCAAAAGAGAGUGUCCGCUCUCUAUUGAAAGGAAAGGUUCAAGCUCCUGCGUUGCAUAGAGGCGGGCUAAUGAAUUCCAAUAGAAACAGCGUUAAUCGAUAA